AUGGCAGACGAAGCGGACAUGCGCAACGAGCUGGCCGACCUGCAGACUCGCGCCGACCAGAUAGCCGACGAGUCCCUUGAGAGCACUCGCCGCAUGUUGGCUCUGGUGGAGGAGAGUAAAGAUGCUGGAAUCAGGACUCUGGUGAUGUUGGAUGAGCAGGGAGAGCAACUGGAGCGCAUCGAGGAGGGGAUGGACCAGAUCAAUAAGGACAUGAAGGAUGCAGAAAAGAAUUUGAACAAUCUAGGACAGUUCUGUGGUCUGUGUUCAUGUCCGUGUAACAAGAUUAAGGGCGGGGGCCAGGCCUGGGGGGCCAACCAGGACGGCGUGGUCAACAGCCAGCCUGGCGCUCGGGUGGUGGACGAGCGUGAGCAGAUGGCCAUCAGCGGGGGUUUCAUUCGCAGGGUAACGGACGACGCCCGUGAGAACGAGAUGGACGAGAACCUGGAGCAGGUGGGGGGCAUCAUCGGCAACCUGCGUCACAUGGCGCUGGACAUGGGCCAGGAGAUCGACACUCAGAACCGCCAGAUCGACCGCAUCAUGGAGAAGGCCGACUCCAACAAAACCCGGAUUGACGAAGCCAACCAGCGUGCGACCAAAAUGUUGGGCAGUGGCUAA